AUGGCGCCACCAGGCCGCCACAAAGGAGGUCAAGGACCGAAGAAGUCCUUCCAAAGACCUCGGAUUCUCAAACGAAAAAGAGAGGAGGAAGACCUGGACGCCUUGUCGAAGCGGGUGGCCGACCUCGAUCCCAAGUCUUCGACACCGCCGGAACUCUUCACCGACUUACCACUGUCCGCAGCCACCCAAGACGGUCUGGACGCAUCCCACUUCAAAACCCUGACGACCAUCCAAAGUCGAACGAUCCCGUUGGCUCUACAAGGCUCAGACAUCCUCGGCGCGGCAAAGACUGGGUCCGGCAAGACUCUUGCCUUUCUAGUACCCGUGCUUGAAAAUCUAUAUCGCAAGAGAUGGACAGGAUACGAUGGCUUGGGGGCACUUAUACUCUCGCCGACUCGUGAAUUGGCGAUCCAGAUCUUCGAGGUCCUGCGCAAAGUUGGGCGGAACCAUACAUUCUCGGCCGGCCUGGUGAUCGGAGGCAAGAGUUUACAAGAAGAACGAGAUCGACUGGGCCGGAUGAAUAUUCUGGUGGCCACUCCUGGAAGGAUGCUGCAACAUAUGGAUCAGACGGCCGAACUUGACAUCGGCAACCUCCAAAUGCUGGUACUGGACGAGGCCGACCGGAUCAUGGACAUGGGGUUCCAGGCCACGAUUGACGCUCUCAUUGACCAUCUGCCCCGAGAGAGACAGACCUUGAUGUUCAGUGCAACCCAGACCAAGAGAGUUUCUGACCUGGCGAGGCUGAGUCUGACUGAGCCCGAAUUUGUCUCGGUUCACGAAGGAGCCGAGAGCGCCACCCCGUCGACCCUGCAGCAGAACUAUAUCGUGACACCUCUACCCGACAAACUCGACGUGUUAUGGUCAUUCAUUCGCGCCAACGUCAAGAAGAAGAUCUUGGUCUUUCUGAGCAGUGGCAAGCAAGUGCGUUUCGUGUACGAGGCUUUUCGUCAUCUGCAGCCUGGUGUCCCACUGCUUCACCUUCACGGGCGACAGAAACAAACUGCCAGGCUCGACAUUACCACGAAAUUUUCAAACAGCAAACACGCCUGUCUAUUCUCGACGGAUGUGGCUGCACGAGGCUUGGAUUUUCCUUCGGUGGACUGGGUCGUCCAGGUUGAUUGUCCUGAGGACGCGGACACAUAUAUUCACCGCGUGGGCCGAACGGCGCGGUACGAGCGUGAUGGACGGGCGGUGAUGUUCGUGGAUCCCAGCGAAGAAGAGGGCAUGAUGAAAGCACUGGAGAAGAAGAAAGUCACCGUAGAGAAGAUCAACGUGCGGGAGAAGAAGAUGCAGCAGACCAUCCGCACCCAGUUGCAGAACAUGUGCUUCAAGGACCCCGAACUCAAGUAUCUAGGCCAGAAAGCGUUUGUCAGCUACGUGCGGAGUGUGCACGUGCAGAAGGACAAGGAGACGUUCAACCUGAAGAAACUAGACCUGGAGGCAUUCGCGGCCAGCCUGGGUCUUCCUGGCGCGCCGAGAGUCAAAUUCGUCAAGGGUGAGGAUGCAAAGGCCAGGAAGAACGCGCCGCGACAACUGCUUGCCGCUCUUGCAGGCGAUAGCAGUGACGACAACGGUGAAGAUGGGGACAAAACCAACCGCAAGCAACAGAAAGAAGUCCGGACGAAGUACGACCGCAUGUUCGAGCGGCGCAACCAAGACGUCCUCUCAGAGCACUACACUAAGCUGAUUGAAGAUGACGAAGACCCGCAACCGAAUGGUGCUGGUGCCGGAGUUGAGGAAGACAACGACCUGGACUUUUUGUCAGUCAAGCGCCGCUUCGACGCCGGAGACUCGGCUCUCGACCACCAGGGUGCGAGAUUGCGACAAGCGUCUCCCGAUGCUGAGUCUGGAUCUGAGUCUGGGUCUGGCUCACGGUCACGCUCUGGUUCGGACACUGGAUCUGACAACGAAACGAAGGACAAAGCCAAGAGCGACUCCUCAUCAAGACGUCGUCGCUCGUCAAGCCACCACCAUAACAAAGAAGAAGAAGGAGCAAAAGUAAAGACUCUCCGUCUCACAGACAACCCCGAAGCCGAACCUUUAGUGAUCGACUCGCACCGCCGCGAAAAACUGCUCAAGUCGCGCAAGAAACUGCUCAAGUUCAAAGGCCGCGCCACGCACCUCACGUUCGACAGCGACUCGGACACACCUAAGGACCGCAAAGCCUACCAGGACGAAAGCACAUUCGGCCCUGACGCCGCCGAGGCCGAGAAACAGGCGUUCCUGGAGCGUGAACGCGAACGCGCCAGGGAGAUGGAUGAAGUCGACAAGGAGAUUGCGCGGGCCAAGAGGCGCGAGAAGAAGGAGAAGAGGAAAGAGCGUGAACGGCGGGAAUUGGAGCAGCAGCAACAGCAGCAUGAAGCUGACGGUGAGGACGACGCGGCCACCGGCGGUCACGAUACAAAGCUUGUCCCGUAUGAAGAGGACGUGGACAAAGCGCACGGUGUGGAUCUCGAGACAGACACGACCGAACCCAGGCCGAAACGACAGAGGAAAUGGUUCGAGGAUGCCUCAUCCUCGGACGAUGAACCAGACCAGCACAAGGUCGAUGGCGUCAGGAAUAAGAACAAGAAGAUCAAGAUCAGACACGGCCGUCGCGGGGACGAUGCAGCAGCUGAAGCACCUCAGACCCUCGAGGACCUUGAAGCCCUAGCAUCAGGUCUACUUGCUACAGGUUGA